AUGGGUCCCGUAAAAGUGUACAAGUGUUUGUCGAUAGCCGACAAACAAAAAGUGAUCGCAGCAGUUAAAGCAGGUGAAAAAAAAAAAGAUGUUGCUCUACGUUUUGGUAUACCAGCUUCUACGCUUUCAACAAUACUAAAACAAAAGGACCAUCUUACAACAUUAACACCUUAUUCAUCGCAGAUCAGACAGAAAAAAUGUGAGUACCCCGAUCUGGAAGAAUGUCUUAUGGCUUGGUUUACUCAAAGUAGGCAAAAUGAUAUUCCAAUAUCAGGACCUAUUUUAAAAGAAAAAUCUAAGUUGUUUGCUACCAACUUAGGUAUCACAAAUUUUCAAGCUAGUGAGGGUUGGUUAGAAAAAUUUAAAAAACGUCAUGAUUUAACUUUCAAAAAAGUAUGUGGAGAGAGUGCAAGUGUUGACCCGUGCAUUUCACAAGAUUGGAAAAAUGAGUUAAUCAAUCUAUUGGUUGAUUAUGAUGCUAGGGAUAUUUUUAAUGCCGAUGAGACCAGACUUUAA